UACUACACAUCGCGGUUACCGAAGUAACGCAAAAUACAAAACAGUACCGAUCCGUUCGUCUGCACGUUCGCAAGGAUCUGCUCGGCGCUGCUGCUACCCGUCUCGUGUGUUUUCCGUGCACCGCUUGUGUAUCAAGUGUUUGAAUAUCCUCAUUCCUAUUCUUACCACUGGGCUAAUCCGGAAGGGGGUGGUCGACUAGCACCCUUCAACUGAGCCCAAGUGCCUGCCGUUUGCUACCCAAACUAGCGCACGAGCGAGUGAGUGAGUGAGUGAGUGGGCAGACUUUAAACCGAGCACAUGACCAAUAAUCAUUUGAUUUUGUGAAUUACCAAGAUUUGGUUCGGAUUCUAGCUUUAAAGGAUAACGAGCGCUCACCGGUGCCACACACGCCAGGACGAGCAGCUGGUGCGCUAGAAACUUGUCUACUUGCCAGCCUUGCUUAUGGACUCCAGUGUUCAGCAAAUUGUUCCUGUUUUGUAGUUUGUUUCAAGUGUUUUCUUUUUUGUUAGUGCGUAAUAAUUUAUUUUUGGGUUGCAUUCGAAAAAAAGGCAAUCAUAAGAAAGAACGAAUAACAAGUUCUACAACCUUAAAAGUGGCCAAGUGUUAUAAAGCGAAUUAAGAAUCCGUAACAGCAAGUUCAUUCCGGAAAAGUUCACAACGUCUUCGGUGCUCUUCAAAGCAGAACGUUCCCUGCAAGACAUAAAUUCUUCCGUCACGGUGCUAUGAUUUCACUCGACACUAAAUGGCUCCGCAAAAUUCUACAUUAAUUCACGGAUCCGCUGGGGGUAGCUCGACCGUCUCCGUCGAAGAGGAGCUGAGCAGCUACAGUCCAAUUCUUCCUGCCAAGGCUAACCGCCGAAGACAAGCGUCUCCAAGACCUGUUAGCAUUGCUGCACCUCCACCACCUCCAAAUGGUGGAAAAUCGAUCGGCAGCACUAAACCGGAUGCACAACGUUCUUCCCGGUGUAAAGACGGUCUUCGCGAAGGAACUGAACAGGGAGCGAUAAAACGCGAAUCGCAAAACCCAAUCACGUACUAUCGAGAUUCUGCCAGUGAUACGGACGAGGAAGAACAGGAAAAAGCUACUUCAACGAAUCCUGGAAGUGCCAACAACGACGAUGAUGACGAAAUCGAAAUUCCCAUCUGGAUCCGAGGAGAACCGCGCUUUGUGGCGGGAAUCAACGACGCUACCACAUGCAACAAUAUCAUUCAAGCGCUGAUCGAAGAUGAACUGCAAAAUGGCAACUAUGAAACUAGUACCGUGGAUGUCGCAGUGUCGCGUGAUGUCAGCGAUUACGUGAUAACGGAACGAUGGCGUGAGGUUGAACAAGUGUUGACUGGCGACACACGAGUACUUUCCAUCUGGAACGCAUGGGGCGACGCCAAGAACGAGGUACAAUUUCGCCUGAAAAUCAAUAAAGCUAACCUGGAAAAUGCCAAAUCGAGCAAGGAACAUAAAUCAAAAAAGCAGAAGGAGAAAAUUGGACUCAUCAAUCGCAUGAUGAGAAAAGUACUCAAGCAGGGCGAGGCCAUCCAAAACCAUCUAUCCAUGUUGAGUCAAAAAUCUGCCGAGAAACGGAAUCAAGACAAAUUCCGCAAAUAUGUCAGGAAGAACUACGGAAAAACUGCCCUGAUGGAAAAUUUCCUCGAAGAUGCCACGACACUGUAUGACAUAUCGCUACCAAAUGAGGACUCCGAAGAUGCAUGCAAGUGCAAGGACAAUACACGCCGAAGCACUUUCCCCAGUAAACUGUUUUCAGCCAAAAAAGGCAAAGAUGCCAAGACACAAAAGCCAAUACUGUACGAAUCAACCGAUCAGUUGGGUGAUCUGAAAAACGAGGACGAACUUCUAUUGGUUAUUGAGCACACCUCCGAUAGCGACAGUGGAAUCUUUACUAACAAUCAACUAGGUCGAAAAAAUACGUUACCGAAAAAGCCAAGUUUCGGUUCGAUGGUAGAAAUCGACAAACUCACCAAAGAACCGGCUGAGGAACUAUUUAUGGAAACAACGCCCAAGCGGAAGUUCCGUUACAAACGUCGCUCCGGUUCGCUACGCAGUCGUAAUGCCAACCGCCGCAAGCUCGACUACGACAGCGAUGAUGUAACGCCACCCAUUGAUGACUUUGAAAACAUUAAUCUCGAGCUGCGAAAAGGAACAUUCAAUCGAACCUCGUUCCGUUUUGAUCUGAUACGGCAGGAAAUUUCUACCAAAAUGCAAGAGAUGCAAAAUUUGCUCAAACAGGAAGAAGACCUUCUGCGGCGAUUAAAACUGAAAAGUGCCAAAUUUCACGCGGAAAAUCAAAUCUACCGGUCCCACAUCGGACUGGAUUUCCACGUUGAACGCUUGCAGGAAUCCAUCGACCACUGUGCUAGAGAGAUAAUCGAAAUCGAGCAGGAUCUGCUAAAAACGAAAACUGAAAUCGAAGAGAAGUCGCCGCUGAUCGACAACCUCAAAUCAUUGCUGGAGGCGCAAGAAUCCAAACAAUUUAGAGGAUAUUAUUCAUCGUAUUCUCCCUCGGGCUCGACAGCGGACAGCUUGAAUUCUUCAACUGCGUUGGGAGCGAGAGCUCUACCUCGGAGUAGCGCAACCUCGUCCAAAACCAGUCUGUCCUCCCGGUGUAACUAUAGGGAAACCGAGUUUGUUGACAAUAUAUUCGAAUUUUGUGAUAAUAAUCAAAGUUUUGUGGUCUAACCGGGAAACAUAACGUUGCUUACUAAAGCUUACUAAAAAUAUAUGUUGAUACGCGAAUGUAGUGCUCAAAACCUGUUUAUGUAUAUUUAAAGCAAAUAUUUUAACUGUUGUUCUAUAUAUUUUAUUAUU